AUGGGGUCAAAUGUCCCCAGGGUGCGGCCAUUGCAACACUGCAACAUCCGGUGUAUGAAUGGGGGCACGUGCAGUGAAGACCAUUGUUUUUGUCAGAAGGGAUACACGGGAGCACACUGUGGACAACCUGUCUGUGAAAGUGGAUGCCUUAAUGGUGGAAGAUGUGUGGCCCCAAACAGAUGUGCCUGCACCUAUGGCUUCACUGGACCUCAGUGUGAAAGGGACUAUAGGACCGGACCGUGCUUCACGUCGAUCAUCAACCAGAUGUGCCAGGGACAGCUGAGCGGGAUAGUCUGCACGAAAACCCUCUGCUGCGCGACUGUGGGGAGAGCGUGGGGCCACCCCUGUGAACUGUGUCCAGCCCAGCCUCAUCCCUGCCGCCGGGGCUUCAUUCCAAACAUACGAACGGGAGCCUGUCAAGAUGUGGAUGAGUGCCAAGCUAUCCCUGGAAUCUGUCAGGGGGGAAAUUGCAUUAAUACUGUUGGAUCUUUUGAGUGCAAAUGCCCAGCUGGACACAAGUUUAAUGAAGCAACACAAAAAUGUGAUGAUAUCGACGAGUGCAGUUCUUUUCCUGGGAUCUGCGACGGGGGAGAAUGUUCCAACACAAUUAGCAGCUACUUUUGCAAAUGUCCUUCCGGAUAUUACUCGUCACCAGAUGGUUCCAGGUGUAUAGAUGUGCGUCCAGGAUACUGCUUUUCGACCCUCACCAACGGCCGCUGCAGCAACCAGCUCCAACAGGUCCUCACGAAGAUACAGUGCUGCUGUGACUCGGGGCGAUGCUGGUCUCCCGGAGCAACUACUUCACCUGAAAUGUGUCCCAUCCGCGCUACAGAGGAAUACCGCAAGUUAUGUAUAGUCGGUACUCUCCCCGUAAGACCGGAAAUCCCAGGCCCCGGCAUUCCAAGUAUUCCUGGUGUCCCCGGUGUUCCUCCCGGGGUCUUCCCACCUGAAGUAUAUCCCCCACCGAUCUAUCCACCAGAAUUUCCGGUCCCAACUCCAAGACCACCAACAGGGGUUUUACCCGUUAAUAUCACUCCGCCUCGAGUAAACUUCUGCCAGUUAUAUCAAAACCUCUGCAUUAAUGGACGUUGUAUCCCAACCCCUGGAAGUUAUCGUUGUGAAUGUAAAAAAGGAUUUGAGCUGGAUCUUCGCGGCGAAUGCAUCGAUGUCGAUGAGUGUGAAAGAAACCCCUGUAUCGGUGGAGACUGUGCUAACACACAAGGGUCUUACAUUUGUCAGUGUCGUCCUGGCUACCAGAGUACGCUGAUGAGAACAGAAUGCCGAGAUAUUGACGAAUGCUUGCAGAAUGGCCGGAUAUGCAACAAUGGCCGAUGCGUGAACACAGAUGGCAGUUUCCACUGCGUUUGCAAUGCUGGCUUCCAUGUCACUGCCGACGGGAGAAACUGUGAAGACAUGGAUGAAUGUAGCAUCCGGAAUAUGUGUCUCAACGGCAUGUGCAUCAACGAAGAUGGGAGCUUCAAGUGCAUUUGCAAACCUGGUUUCCAGUUAGCCUCAGACGGCCGUUAUUGUCGAGACAUCGAUGAGUGCGAAACUCCUGGGAUAUGCAUGAACGGCCGCUGUGUGAACACUGAGGGCUCUUUCAGGUGCGAGUGUUUCCCCGGCCUUGCUGUGGGCCUGGAUGGACGUGUGUGUGUUGAUACACAUAUGCGAAGCACAUGCUACGGUGAAUACAGAAGGGGUCAAUGUGUUAAACCAUUAGCUGGAGCAGUUACCAAAUCAGAAUGCUGCUGUGCCAGCACUGAUUUCGCAUUUGGAGAACCUUGUCAGCCCUGUCCUCCACAGUCCUCAGAUGAGUAUCAUGGUCUUUGUAGUAGUGGCCCUGGCAUGACAGCAAUCGGAGCUGAUAUCAACGAAUGCGCACUGGAUCCCGACAUCUGUCCGAACGGACAAUGUGAAAAUCUCCGUGGAACGUACAAAUGCAUCUGUAACGCUGGGUACGAAAUAGAUACCACGGGGAAAGCCUGCAUCGACAUUGACGAAUGCGCCCUGAACACCCUCCUUUGUGACAACGGACAAUGCAGAAAUACACCAGGAAGUUUCACCUGCACCUGCCCGAAGGGAUUCGUGUUCAAGCCUGAUCUGCAAACCUGUGAAGAUAUUGACGAGUGUGAAUCCAGCCCAUGCGUUAAUGGAGUGUGCAAGAAUACUGCUGGAUCGUUUGUAUGUGAAUGUUCCCCUGAGAGUUCUCUGGAUGCGACAAAGACCAUCUGCAUUGAGACUGUUAAGGGCACUUGCUGGAAGACCAUUGUGAACGGAAGAUGUGAAAUAAAUAUCAAUGGGGCAACGUUGAAAUCCCAGUGCUGCUCCUCGCUCGGUGCUGCUUGGGGUAGUCCUUGUGUUCCUUGUGAGCGAGAUCCGAUAUGUUCAAAGGGAUACUCUAGGAUAAGAGGGACUGUGUGCGAAGGUAUGUAACUUUGAAGAGUG